AUGGCCCCUCCUCGAGGCCUCGACCGAGCCCGACUCAAACCCGAACACUGUCCCGGUCCUGAAUCCCAACAAGCCGGCAAAGCCGACUCCUGCGCCGGCUGUCCGAACCAAGCCAUCUGCGCCACGGCGCCGAAAGGUCCCGACCCGGACAUACCUUUAAUCACCGCGCGUCUAUCGGGCGUCAAACACAAGAUCCUCAUCCUCUCCGGCAAAGGCGGCGUCGGCAAAUCGACAUUCACCAGCUUGCUAGCGCACGCGUUCGCUACAAAUGCAGAGCAGACAGUGGGGGUGAUGGAUACUGAUAUCUGCGGCCCCUCGAUUCCCAAGAUGUUAGGCGUCGAGAGCGAAACAAUCCACGUCUCGAGUAACGGGUGGUCACCAGCGUGGGCGAUGGAUAACCUCGCUGUCAUGUCGAUUCAGUUCAUGCUACCCAACCGAGACGACGCGAUCAUCUGGCGUGGCCCAAAAAAGAACGGGUUGAUCAAGCAAUUUCUUAAGGAUGUGGAAUGGGGCGAUUUGGAUUUCUUGCUUGUUGACACACCCCCCGGCACGUCAGAUGAGCAUUUGAGCGUUAACACAUACCUGAAGGAGAGCGGGAUCGAUGGCGCGGUGAUGGUUACUACCCCGCAGGAGGUCAGCUUGUUGGAUGUCAGGAAGGAAAUCGAUUUCUGCCGGAAGGCGGGGAUUAAGGUUUUGGGACUGGUGGAGAAUAUGAGCGGGUUUGUGUGUCCCAAGUGCACGCAUGAGAGCGAGAUCUUCAAGGCUACGACGGGUGGUGGAAGGAAGCUGGCGGAGGAGAUGGGGAUUGCGUUCUUGGGGAGUGUGCCGCUUGAUCCCAGGAUUGGCAUGGCGUGCGAUUAUGGAGAGAGCUUCUUUGAUAGCUUCCCUGAUAGCCCGGCGUGUGCGGCGUUGAAGGGGGUGGUUAAGGGGCUGGCGACGGAGAUGGGGUUGGAUCCGACGGUGGUGAUGCCUGAGGAGGAUGGCGCUUGA